GCACACUGCCCCGUUGGAAGAUAACCUCCAGGGCUCUUCUCACCCCUAGCUGCGAGCUGCCUGGCAUGGUGCUAGAAGCCCCCGAGUCUGCUCAGUGUCCAUCCCUCUCCGGCCUGAAUUCCAAGGAUGUGGUUCGGAAGAGACACAAGAGGAGAAGCCGGCAGCACCAGCGCUUCAUGGCCCGCAAAGCCUUGCUACGGGAGCAGGAGCUGUUGAACACGGCUCCGGGGCCAGGCUCCUGCCCUCUGGCCUCCCCGUCACCGACACCAGCAGACACAGAGGCUUCAGGCAGCAGAAGGCAGCAGCGUCCCAAGGCCAGGUCCGGCCGUGGUGGCCCAUGCAGCAAAAGGUCUGUCCCCAGAGAAGCCCCAAGGCCUGGGCCCAGCAAGUGUGUCGCCAUUGACUGUGAGAUGGUGGGUACAGGCCCCUGUGGGCGGGUGAGUGAGCUGGCCCGCUGCUCUGUGGUGAGUUACAACGGAGAUGUUCUCUACGACAAGUACGUCCGGCCUGAGAUGCCCAUUGUGGACUAUCGCACCCGCUGGAGCGGCAUUACCCGCCAGCACAUGCGCAAGGCCAUCCCCUUCCAGGUGGCCCAGAAAGAGAUCCUGAAGCUCCUGAAGGGCAAAGUGGUGGUGGGGCAUGCACUCCACAAUGACUUCCAGGCCCUCAAGUAUGUUCAUCCUCGGAGCCAGACUCGGGAUACCACAUAUGUCCCAAACCUGCUCAGCCAGCCCAGCUUCCACACCCGAGCUCGGGUCUCUCUUAAGGACUUGGCCCUGCACCUGCUGCACAAGAAGAUCCAGGUAGGUCAUCAGGGACACUCAUCUGUGGAAGAUGCCAUGACAGCCAUGGAGCUCUACCAGCUGGUGGAGGUGCAGUGGGAACAAGAAGAGGCCAAUAACGCCAAGGCCCCUCCUGAGGACAGGGGACCCGACAGCAGCACUGACGUGGAGCAGUACAUGGAGGACCAGUACUGGCCUGAUGAGCUGACCCAGAGUACCAGUGGAGAAACGCGGGAGUGAGAGGAAGGAGCAGGCCAUGGCAGACGGG